AUGGAGUUAGCUUAUCUCACUACAGGAAUUAUAAUGGUAGUACUUGGUUAUUCAUGGCUUGUUCAUCAUGGAGAUAGCUUACGUGAUAUAGUCUUAUCGCAAGGUUUACUUAUAGGUGGAGUAACCGUUGGGGUUCUAAUAAUAUUGUCAUUUUCUGUUGGUGCAAUUGGUUUUUUUACACCUUUUAAACGCGACAGUUGGUUGAUAGCACACAAUAUGUCUAUAAUCAUAACAAUGCUUACUAUCUUGGCUUUGGGUGCUAAAAUUUGGUUUAAAACUCUGGAUAGCCAGAAAUUUGUUACAAGUAUAUGGAUAGGAUGGGGUAACGAUACUAAAGCAAUAUUUGAAGAUCAAGUAUUAAGUAUGCUUAUGCGUGUAAGGAAAAUUAAAGAGCGACUUCGUAAGAUUGAAAAGAAAGGGGCAUUUUUCUUAUAA